GCUUGCCGGCCUCUUCCCGCGCUUUAGCUGAGGAGCAAGGUCCGUCGCGGUGAAGCAGACUGGUCUUGGGGUGCGGCCGAAGAAUAUGAUGGCAAACCACCUUGUAAAAUCUGAUACUAGAAAUUGCAAGAGGCCAAGAGAAUCUGAGCUGCAGGUGCCAGAUAGUCCACAGCUGUCUUCUGCAGGAAAAUCAGAUUCAUCUGUUUCUGAAAGUUCUGGACUAUUUUAUAAUGAUGAAUCACUGGAGAAAGAUUUGAAUGAUAUGAGCAAGGAAAUUAAUCUAAUGUUGUCUACAUAUGCAAAGAUCUUAAGGCAAAGAGCAGCAGUAGAUGCAUCUUACAUUGGCGAGAUAGACGGACUCUUCAAAGAAGCCAACACUAUUGAAAACUUCCUCAUACAAAAAAGAGAGCUCCUGAGACAGAGGUUUACAGUGAUUGCAAACACACUGCACAGAUAAAAUGUGUACCUAAAAUAAGCUGAGAAUUUAAACUUACUGUUGUAAUGGAAAAAUGACAUUUAUUCUUUGAAAGCUUUCUAGUUAAUGACAAUAUACAUCUUAAACAGAGAAGGGGAAAUUCGAAUUUCUUUUCUAGAUUUAAAAGGGGCUGUAAGCUGUUCAUUAAUAUGAACUAUGUCACUUUUCUUUUGAGGGUCAAAUAAUUGGCACAUUUUAUAUACGUAGCAGUUUAAAUUAUUUAAAUCCUAUGAGGAUUCUUUUUUUUCUUAAACUUCCUAGACUUUCAUAAAUGUCUAGAAGAUGGCUCAGUUAAUUUAUAAUGUUUAAUAAUAUUGUACUUUUUAUUUUAGAAUAUUUUGUUUAAAUAGGAGAUUAUUUUGAAGACAGUUUUAAAAUGUUUUUCAUGGUUAGUAGUUUUAUAAAAGAACCUUAAAACCUGAAAGGUAAUUUGUCCAGUUUCUUAAUAUAUAAUAAAACAGAACUGUGUACUCUUUAUUUUUAAUAUUAACAAUUUGAUUAUUUUCUUUCUUGGUUAUUAUAUAUGGCUAAUACAAACUCUUGGCAUAACAUUUUUUUUUAAGUCAUAAAAGUAGUAAAAUAAA